AUGGCCAAUACUCCUCACGGUGGUAUCUUGAAAGAUCUCGUUGUAAGAGAUGCUCCUCAACACAAUGAGCUUCAAGAAGAAGCUAGAAACUUGAAGGAUAUCUUCCUCACUGAGCGACAAUUAUGUGAUCUUGAACUGAUCCUCAAUGGUGGCUUUUCACCUCUUGAAGGUUUCAUGAACGAGCAAGACUACAUUUCCGUUCGAGACACCCUCCGACUCGUUCCUGUUCAUGGUCAACGACAAGGUACUCUUUUCCCCAUGCCUAUCACUCUCGAUGUUUCUAAGGAGGAUAUCGAACGAUUGUCACUUCAAGAAGGUGCUAGAGUUGCUCUCAGAGAUCCUAGGGACGAUGCUGCUUUGGCUAUUUUGACUGUCUCUGACAUCUAUACGCCUGACAAACACCUCGAAGCUGAAGCCGUCAUGGGAGCCGAUGACAUCGCUCAUCCUGCUGUCGCUUAUCUCCACAACUCCGUUAAAGAGUUCUACGUUGGCGGAAAAGUACAAGCUAUCUCUGCACCCACACAUUACGAUUAUGUACCUUUACGAUUCACUCCCUCGGAACUUCGAGCUCAUUUCCAUAAAUUAGCUUGGAGAAAAGUGGUCGCUUUCCAAACUAGAAACCCAAUGCACCGAGCUCACAGAGAGCUUACCGUUAGAGCUGCAAGACAAAGAAGAGCAAAUGUCUUGAUUCAUCCUGUGGUCGGUUUGACUAAACCAGGAGAUGUAGACCAUUACACUAGAGUUAGAGCUUAUCAAGCUUUGAUGCCUUCAUACCCCGAAGGAAUGGCUCAUUUGGCUUUAUUACCCCUCGCCAUGAGAAUGGCAGGUCCAAGAGAAGCUGUCUGGCACGCUAUCAUCAGAAAGAACUUUGGUGCUACCCACUUUAUCGUUGGUCGAGACCACGCUGGACCAGGUAAAAACUCUCAAGGAAAAGACUUUUACGGUCCUUACGAUGCUCAGGAACUUGUCACUCAAUUCAAGGAUGAACUUUCCAUCGAAAUGGUUCCUUUCCAAGCUAUGACAUAUCUUCCUGGAACAGACGAAUAUCAACCAGUCGAUGAAGUACCAAAAGGUACACCUACAGCUGAUAUCUCCGGUACCGAACUUCGAAAGAGAUUGAGAACAGGUGCCGCUAUCCCAGAUUGGUUCUCUUACACUGGUGUCGUAAAAGUCCUGAGAGACUCUUAUCCACCAAGACCUCAACAAGGUUUCACUAUCCUCAUCAGUGGUUUACACAAUUCAGGAAAAGAUACAAUCGCAAGAGCUCUACAAGUCACAUUACAACAACAAGGUUCUCGAUCAGUCUCACUUUUGUUAGGUGAAGAAUUAAGAGGUGAUUUAGAUCCUAAAAUCAACCGAGCCAUUACACCCGAAGAGAAACAUAUCAACCUUCAAAGAAUCGCUUUUGUAGCUUCCGAAUUAACAAAAGCAGGUGCAGCAGUCAUUGCCGCUCCCGUCGCACCAUACGAAAGGUCAAGACAAGCAAUUAGAAAAAUCGUCAAUGGAAAUUUCUUCUUGGUACACGUCGCUACUCCUUUGGAAUGGUGUGAAAAAGUUGACAGAAGAGGUUUAUACAAGAGAGCUAGAAAUGGUGAAUUGAAGAACCUUGCCGGUGUAGAUGACACAUACGAACCCCCAACAGACGCAGAUUUGGUUUGUGACCUUAGACACGAUACUGUGCCCGAGAUCGUUCAUUCCAUCAUCAUGAUCCUUGAAGGUGAAAACCUCAUUUAA